AUGAGGUGCACCAUUCUCGCCACUGUCCUCGGCCUUGCGUCGCUUACCGUAUCUGCUCCUGCAGCACUUGUUUCGCGCCAGGCGUCUCUCGAGCAGGUCACAGACAGCUAUAUGUUCGACAUCUCCAUCGACGAGUUCAUCACAAACCGUAAUGCAAAGAACCCUCCUGAGUUAGAUUGGUCCAGCAAUGGGUGUACUGCGAGUCCAGAUAAUCCGUUUGGAUUUGACUUCAUAAACUCCUGCUACCGCCACGACUUUGGCUACCGUAACUUCAAGGCGCAAAACCGCUUCGAAGCGAACAAGGCGCGAAUCGACGACAAUUUCAAAACGGACAUGUUUAACCAGUGUGCGAAUGAGUCGGCAAAGGGCCCGUGUGAGGCUACUGCUACGCUGUACUAUGAGGCUGUCAAGGCGUUUGGGAGGAGAGAUUUGGAGACGGCGGAGGCAGAAUGA